AUGCCGUACUUUAUCAUUAUGAAAUUCUCAAGUAUCCAGUCACAGGUUUUGGAAGCACAGAUGCAAGCUGGAAAAAGGUAUCAUCUCCCAGAGAUGAGAUUGCAUAAAUUCCAAUCAGGCCACAAGAAGAUAUCAUCCAUAGAGCUGACUCUAGAUAACUUGCAAUUAUCUCAUGAGGCCGAAGUGUUUGACAUUUUGGAGCAGCAAGGUGAGCAGCAGAUCUACAGCAACCCUUGGAUGAAUUGCACCAGCAUGGGGGAAUACUCAGAUGUCUUGUCAGCUCACGACUGGUGGAAGGAUGGUAGACAAUUGAAGCAGAUGGAACAUGUCCGGUCAGGAGACAUCUGGUUUGCCCACAUCCCAGGUCAACCGGAGAUAGAACUAUUGGAUAUGGGAUUCCUCCCUCGACACAAUGUUGACCAGCCAUCGACUCCUCCAUCCAUAUCAGUGUUGGACAUGGGAUUUCCACCAGGCAGCGAGUUAGAUACCCACCAGGCACCUGACAUCAUCAACAACCCUCUGGACAUGGGCUUUUGCAGCAUUCCGGCUCAUGAUUAUCCAGCUCAUGAUGUUCUGGCUCGUGAUGGUCCAGCUCAUGAUGGUCCGGUUCAGUCAUUAGACAUGCAAGUGGAACAGAUUCCUUUGAACAUGGGCUUUCACACAGAUCUGGCAUCCUGUCACUCAUUGGACAUCCAACCAGAUGAUCUCCCUUUGGAUAUGGGUUUUGACACACUCCAACCGGACAAUCGCCUUUUGCAUACAGAUUUCAAUGCACUCCAACCGGACGAGCACCCUUUGGAUAUGGGAUUUUGUACACUCCAUCCGGUACACCCGGAUCACUCAAUGGAUAUUCAACUUUCUCGCAAACCUCUGGACAUGGGCUUUGGGACAGCUCCAGCAUCCAUUCAGGAAGACAGGCCAUUGGACAUCAUAAUCGCCACUCCAGAUCCAGAUCCAGUACAUGGUCUUCCGGAUCCGUCAUUUGCAGUUGGUGAACCGGCACCCAUUGGAUUUGUGAUUCAGCACGCUUACAAUGUCACCGGAAGAAGCAUCUGUGAGCCAGGAAGUUCUUCAGUCUGCCAAUGA